GGAUGGUCAACUUUAUUUCGGAAAUUCAAUGACAUCAAGCUUUGAAGAUGAGGAGAUUCUGGACGUCUUUAACAUUUGAAAUAUUGCAGUUGGCACUAUUUUGGUUUGCUGGGACCAAUGGUGUGAAAUUCGGGAUAAUAUUUGACCAUAACUCGGUGGAUGCCAUAGAAGUUUUUAAUAAACUUGGUCCACAGAGGGACAUUAACUACAUCAGUAGAACCACUGACCUAACGGACAGUUUCGCCGUCAGUAACGAAAUUUGUGCGCAGCUAGAAGAAGAUGUUGUUGGAAUAAUAGGUGUUUGUGGCAAGUGCGCCUUGGCCACCAUUCAAUCGUACAGCGACACUUUCGAGGUGCCAUUCUUACUCAUCAGCGAGGCACCGAUUCCUGAUGACGUCACACGAUCUUCCUACCAAUUUUAUUUAACACCAGUGUUUAUCCAAGGGCUUCUAGACAUCAUAAUCGAAAAACAGUGGCAUAGACUCUUUUAUAUAUAUGAUACAGAUGAAGGUUUAUUGAGGCUUCAACAAAUACUCAACAUAAUAAAUGCCCAAAAAUGGCCCCAGUUGGACAUCAUAUUCCUGAGAAUCCCUAAUGCCAAAGUUUGUCAUGAAAAGAUACUCCAGUUUUACAACCAUGAUGCAGCAGAUCUAAGGAUUCUCCUUGACCUUCCAAUAAUGGAAGUAGAAGCCACAGUAAAUCUACUUAAAAAGACACCACAAAUAAUGAUGAACCGCUUUCAUUUUCUUCUCCCAAGUCUGGGAAUUUCUCAGUUGGAUGAGUCUGUGGUUUUCAAGGGAGCUAAUUUCUCAGGCUUCCAACUUUGGCCAAAAAAUAUAAUGAUGGAAACAGAAUGGAUACGGAAAUUCAAUACCAGUAAAAUUAAGCCAACUCACGCACUUUUGAGGGAUGCUCUUGCUCUCUUCAAUUCAACAUUUAAAAAGUCUUCACUCCGAUUUCGUCAAAAGAGCGCAAAGGAUCAGAAGCUAGCGUGUCGUCAUAACAACAAGACUGUAACCCUGACAAAGAACAGAGAGGUGUUUACGGAGCAACUAAGAAAGACAUCAAUCGCCGGCAUGAGUGGAACCCUAGAAUUCAACGAUUAUGGAAAGCGAGAAAAUUUUGAACUCCAACUAAUGGAAACUUUGAUGGGAAAAGAACUCGCUAAGGAUGGUGAAUGGAGCCCGGUCCCUAUUAAAGGAUCCCGUUUACGAAUACAUAUGUCUGAGCACACUAAACUACCACAUCGGAAACCCAAAGUUCCACAAAAAAUGAAAAUAAAUAUAACCACUAUAGAUGAGACACCUUACGUCAUAGUUAAGCCUGAGUACGUGGAAGAGGUCUUAAAGCUCAAGUCAAACGGAUCGCAUGUUUGUGGAAAGCAUUACUUCCAGGGUUUUUGCAUUGACCUGGCGAAAAUGGUGGCCGAAAAAAUUAAUAUGACAUAUGAUAUCUGUCUAACACAGGACGGAGAGUAUGGACAAGAAAUGCCCGACAAGUCCUGGAAUGGCAUGAUUGGCGACCUCUUAGAUAACAGAGCACAUAUGGCAGUUGCCCCAAUUACAAUAACAUCAGACAGAGAGAAAGUAGUCGAUUUUACAAAACCUUUUCUGAGUUUGGGAAUCAGUAUAAUGAUAAAAAAGCCUGCAGACGAAGGACCUCGUAUUUUCUCCUUUAUGGAACCCCUCUCAACUGAGAUAUGGAUGUGUAUCUUAUUUGCAUAUGUAGGUGUGAGUGUGGUACUAUUCCUGGUUAGUAGAUUCAGUCCAGCGGAAUGGAAAGUGGAUGAAACAAACAUCACAAACGACUUUACCAUUUCCAAUAGUCUGUGGUAUGCACUUGGUGCAUUUAUGCAACAAGGGUGUGAUAUAUCGCCUUCAGCGGUAUCGGGGAGGAUUGUAGGAAGCGUCUGGUGGUUCUUUACUUUAAUCAUUAUUUCCUCAUACACGGCAAACCUAGCGGCAUUUCUCACAGUGGACAGAAUGAAUACUCCUAUCAAUUCUGUUGAAGACUUAGCAAAGCAAACAAAAAUUCAAUAUGGUUCUCGCAAAGGAGGUGCAACCUAUAGCUUCUUUAAUAAAUCAAGAUUCGCUUUGUACGAGAGAAUGUUUGCAUAUAUGAAUUCGGUCCCGGAUGUAUUUAUGAAGAGCACGGCACUGGGUAUACAAAAGGUCCGGGAUUCAAAUGGACUCUACGCAUUUUUACUCGAGUCAACCAGCAACGAGUACACCAAUUUGAGGAUUCCUUGCAACACCAUGAAAAUCGGUUCCAAUCUCGACUCCAAGGGCUACGGCAUUGCUACACCUCCUAACUCGAUCUUAAGGGACUCACUGACACUAGCGGUGUUGGCUUUGCGUGAAUCAGGAGAGCUGGCUCAGAUUAAAAAGAAGUGGUUUGACGACAUGAAUCAGUGUCAACAGGAAAGCGCAAAUGAUGGGUCACAAGUGUCCUUGACUCUAAAAAAUGUGGCUGGAAUUUUCUACAUUUUGUCUUCCGGUCUGGUCAUGUCUGUAUUCGUGGCUGCAAUUGAAAUCCUGUACAAGACAAUUGUAGAUUCCAGAAAGUCGAAGACUUCCUUUGGGUCUAUGCUGAGGUGCAAGGCCCGUAUGUCCUUCCGAGGUUCCAUUGACAACAGUUCCGGCCAAACUACCCCACUUAAGAAAAACAACUCUUCCGUAAGUUCAUAACCAAUUUCGGACUUCCUCCUCCAAAUAACAAAGCAAGUCAUUGCCUUAUUUGACAGGAAUACGGAGGAGGAACUCAAUAUAUUUAGACGAAAUGUUAUUGAUGAUGACGAUUUCUAUGACCUGGAGGUAGAUUUCAACGACAGUCUAGAAAUGGGAAAAGCAGUUGAUGAAGAAGUUACAAAAAGAAAUUGGCUGUUGGGCGUCAUAGGCGUUUCCCAUAGCUGUCACUUAACAACUCUGCAGUCAUACGUUGAUUACCACGACUUGGCUUUCCUGUACAUAGGGCCUUCAUGCAGCCUGAAGUCCGAACUGACGGGAUCAUACCAUUUGUUCAUGAGACCAGCACUUUCCGGUGGUCUUGUAGAUGUAAUAGCCUACAAGGAAUGGCGGAAAAUUUACUAUUUGUACGACUCUGAUGAAGGUUUACUGGAAUACGAGCAAUUGUUGCAUGAGAUGCAUAUUCAAGAGCUGAACUUUGAUGUGAUUGUAUUGCGCGUUGAUAACACAGAGGAGUGUUACAGAAGACUGACAAAGAUAUACAACGAGGAGCCAGGGAAUAUCCGAGUUCUCCUGCACUUAGAACCAGUAGACAGCCAAGCAGUGAUGUUUAGACUGAAAGAAGAUCCAAACAUCAAUAAUUUCCGAUUUCAUUUUCUCCUCUCCAAAUUGGGGAUGUACAACAUGAAUGGAACAGUGCAUUCUCGAGGACUCAAUAUCACCGGCUUCAGAUUGGACGUUGAUGUUAAUAAAACAGAUAAUCAGGCGUUGAUGACGGAUGCCGUGGGCCUUGUUAGAACAGCACUCAAUAAAUACAAAAACAGUCUCAUUGUGACAAAUAGGAUAGAUACAAUUGAAAAAAGGAAAGAACUCAAAGGGGCAAUUAGAAAGACGAAAUUCACUGGAAAUAGUGGACCGAUCAUUUUUGAUGAUGAUGGAAUAAGAACAAACUUCACACUGCGUCUUUUUGAGACACUGGUCACAAGGCGCAUUGCACGGAUCGGAUUGUGGUUAUCCAAUGAAGAGAUGGGAGCUCGCCUGGACAUGUUAAACCAUUCUGAUAUUAAGGUUCAAACACACCCAAAGGAAAAGACGGCUAUUAAAGUGUCCACUAACCUGGAACGGACCAUCACAACAAUAGACGAUCCUCCAUAUGUCUUUAUCAAAAAAGAAUAUGAUGAAGAAGUGAAACAACUGAAAGCUGAAGGUAAAAGAGUUUGCGGCAAUCAUUACUUUGAAGGUUUCUGCAUUGACCUAGCACAGAAGGUGACGGAAGUUUUGAAUAUAACAAAUUAUACAAUAUGCGUUGUACAAGAUGGACAGUAUGGAUCCAUUCAGGCCAACCAAACUUGGAAUGGAAUGAUUGGAGAACUUAUGCAAAAAAAAGCAGACAUGGCUGUGGCACCUAUAACUAUAUCUUCUACCCGGGAGAGAGUGGUCGACUUUACAAAGCCUUACAUGAGCUUAGGCAUCAGCAUCAUGAUCAAGAAACCUGCCGAUGAAGGCGCCCACAUAUUUUCCUUCAUGGACCCGUUAUCCUCCGAAAUCUGGAUGUGCAUUUUGUUUGCGUAUGUGGGAGUGAGUGUGGUUCUAUUUUUGGUCAGCCGAUUCAGUCCGUCUGAGUGGAAAGUGGACGAGAAAAACAUUAGUAAUGACUUCACAAUCUCAAACAGUCUUUGGUAUUCACUUGGUGCCUUUAUGCAGCAGGGAUGUGAUAUAUCUCCGAAAGCGGUAUCGGGGAGGAUUGUAGGAAGCGUCUGGUGGUUCUUUACUUUAAUCAUUAUUUCCUCAUACACGGCAAACCUAGCGGCAUUUCUCACAGUGGACAGAAUGAAUACACCUAUUAGUUCUGUAGAGGAUCUUGCCAAACAAACGAAGAUACAGUACGGAUGUCUGAAAGAAGGUGCUACAUAUGAAUUUUUCAAAAAAUCAAAGUUUGCUUUAUACGAAAGGAUGUAUGCAUACAUGACUUCAGCUGAAAAUGUGUUUGUGGACAAGAAUAGUCAAGGAUACGAAAAAGUGAGAGGCUCUAAUGGCAAGAAAUAUGCCUACCUUGUAGAAUCAACUACAAAUGAAUAUAUCAACAAUCAGGAACCAUGCAACACUAUGAAAGUAGGUUCCAACCUAGAUUCCAAAGGAUAUGGAAUUGCUACACCUGUUGAUUCCGAACUCAGGGAUCCGUUGACAUUGGCUGUACUGCAGCUUCGUGAAAACGGAGAAUUGGAUCGUCUUAAGGAUAGGUGGUGGUACAAAAAAUCACAAUGCAAUCAGGACGCCAAAAAGGACGGAUCACAAGCUGAACUGACGUUGGAAAAUGUGGCGGGAAUUUUCUAUAUUCUGUCUUUUGGACUGACGCUGUCUGUUGUCAUUGCUGCAAUUGAGUUCUUGUACAAGUCUGUUGUUGAUUCUAAAAAAGCUAAGACUUCGUUUGGUUCUAUGGUGCGAUGCAAGGCCAGAUUAUCAUUCCGGGGUUCUUUGGAUGAGAGUUCUAUCCCUAACACACCCCAAAAGAAGCCAACAGCAACGUACACCUACACUGGACCUGUACAAGUCCCUGACUACGAGCCUUAUCCUGAAAACAAUACUCACACUCAGGUGUAGCGCAUCACGUCAUAGUCUACUCACACUCAGGUGUAGCGCAUCACGUCAUAGUCUAUCAAUGAACUUUCAAGGUGAAAACUAUGACGUCUGGAACAGACAAGAGAUUAUUGAAAUUAUUAUGUCAAGAAAUGUGAAAACUGUGAUUUCAAUUUUUAUUUCUGCUUUUAAUGUGGAUUUAGAUAUGAUAUUGUAAAAACGGGUACAUAUAUAUCUACAUGUACUUUUUUAAAGCUGUGUACAUGUACUUUUUUAAAAGUAGCAGCAAUAAUGUGUAUGCCAAAGACAUUUUUUUAUUUGUGUAAGAAUUUAAGACAAGCAAUGGUCCUUUAAUUCAAAUAAGGUAAUGAAAGAAAAAUACUGGGUUUUUUUUAUGACUGUCAGCUUAUUUAAAUUGAUAAAAAAAAAAAUUUAUAGUAUAUAUAUAUAUAUAUAUAUAUAUAUAUAUGUAUGUAUGUAUGUAUGUUUUGUUAAUAUUUUUCUUUAUCUCAUUUUUAUACUUUAUCUUUUGUAAAUAUAUAUGAAGUUCACUUUUUGUGGGUUUUAUGUUUUACACCAACUGCUGUUAUAUGCUCAAAGGAUGUCCAAAAGCAAACAAACAUUUAACGCUUAUAUUUACUUGUAUUGAUUUGGAAGUGUCCAAUUUAAUUUAAUUUAUAUUUCAUAAAAUUGUCAGUGCUUGUAAGGCAACAAGAUGUAUCAAGCUGACGUCUGGAAAGUAAUUGGUUAAAUUUUCAUUGUAAUGUCAUCGUUAUUGGUAUCAAGAUAUCCUGGCGUCACUGUGGUGUUGAUUUAUAAAAACAAUUCUGAUAUUAAGUUUUUCAUAGAAACAUCGCAUUGAAGAGUAAAUAUCUGCACAAAAAGUAUGAAAAAAUAAAUAUUUACUAAAACUUGGAAUUUUCAUUAUGUCUAGCAGAAUCUUCGAAAUUUCAGAUUCCCUUAAUUAACUCAUUCAUGUUGUCAGUCAUAAACGCUAAUAUGGGACUUUUUCACAAAGACAAAAACGUGGACAUGCAUGAACAUCGGUCAUACAAAAAACGAAACAUACACGAUUUUUCAUUUGAGUCACUUUACGUCAGCAAACUAAAAGGUUUACUUCAUAUUCGCACAAAGUUUUACUCCUCUCACUGUAAACUAUCUAUGUACACGUAAGUUUCUUCCUUUUGCUAAUUUGACGUCAUCAAAGACACUCCGAGAGACGCAGAUAAAAUCGGGUCACGAAUUAAUUAUAUAUUUAUUUCCAAAGGACCCGAAGUUUAAGAAAAUGUGAACGCUCAAGAUGAAAAGAGACGGUUUUAAACCUUCCAAUGACACUAAACUAUAAAAAUGGCAUUUUGAAAAAGAGCAGUUCGCAAUCAAUAUUACUUGGAAAUGUUACAUUGUUUUUGGGUUGUUUUUUUUUUUCAUAUUAGCAAAUCAUUUCUUUCGAUAGAGUCUAUACAUUUACAUCUUUAAACAGAAGUCACUUUUCAUAUUUUUUAUUGUUUCCCUCACAGACUGUUAGUGCACCGUGUUCCAUUUGUAUCACUGAAGCAUUUAGAGCAGCACUAAAAGUACCUCUACACAGAAGAGAUCUAAUCUCGAAGCUUUCGUAUUACAUAUAUGGUAAUCUAGCUUGUCCUCAAAGUUCUUUUCGAAUGAUGAAAUUCUUAAAAUCACCUUUCAGUUUUAAGCAUCUUAAUAUCCCAGUCGCAUUUUGAGUUAUCCUACAUGUAUCUGUACUAGAUCCCAGAGCCAAAAACAUUCACCAAGAUCGCAGAAUCCAGUAAAUGUCCUUACUUUUACACCUCAUGAAAACAUUAACUACUGCGAAGUACAAACUAAGGACGUCCUGUGCCACAACAUGUGCAAAUCAAAUAUGUAUUCUCAAACAUUCCAACAGACUUUCAGUCAAUUUUAAAUCACAAAACUUUUCCAAAAUUAACAUCAUCAAACCGUAGGACUUUUCACCACUUUACAACACUACUUCUCACGAUAAAUUAGAUACUUGAUGACGCCAUAGACAUCUGCUUCUUCCAUAAAGAUGGAACUCGGAAAUUAUGCUUACGAUCAGACCAAGGAAUUUCGAAGUGUUCGAAGAAAAUACCAUGCCACAACCUAUGAAAAUUAAACAUGAAGACAUUUCGACAUUGAAAUAAACAGGAUGAUCCAAGAUUGACAUCGAAAUCAGUAAAUGAAUAGCGGAAACAGCACGUAGUAUGAUGGGCAAUACUAGAAAGCCGAGAACUAAGAUAAUAUUCUUUAAUUCCAACCCCAAAACUAUACUGCUCUGUGGUUCUUGAAUACUGAAGAACAAAGGGCUCAUAGAAAGCUGUUAUGUUUUGAUUACCAACUGUUUACGGUGAAUUUAAGAUAUCAGAUGGUCUGCAAAACCGAAAUGAAGACCUUUGGGAAGGAACCAAGCAACCCCAUAAGAAAUAACAAAGACGGGAUAUUGGUGGAUCUGUCAUACAUUAAGAAGAGAAUAACUUCCAUCGACCGACAGGCACUUCAGUGGAACCCAGUGGGAAAAUUACCAAGAAGGAGGCCAUAGUACACCGGCCGGAGGAGUCGUGUGGCAAAGGUGUGGAGCGGAGGAUACAAGUGAAUCCAACUCAAAGUAUUACAGUCAACUAUAACGUUAUUGCAAUAUUAAUUAAACAAAACAAAAGUAUAAAAGGCAUAUGUAUAGAAAACACAGAACACAAAAUAUCGCAAUAUGCAGAUGAUUCUUCACUAGCCCUUGACGGAUCACCUGAAUCGCUUUUUGCAGCUCUAGAUACGAUAGAAUUUUUUUCCAGUUUUUCUGGUCUAAGGAUUAAUUCUUCUAAAACAAAAAUUGUUUGGAUUGGUUCAAAAAAAAUUUCAGAUCAAGUUUUUCACCAUACAAGAUGGAAAUUAGAUUAGGGAUCAACAACUUUUAAUUUAUUGGGUAUUAAUUUUUCAGUUGACCUUACAGAAAUUGAAGAUAUAAAUUUCGGAAUUCAAAUACCAAAAAUCGUUGCUCUUACUGAACAGUGGAAAAGAAGGAUUCUUACUCCCAUUGGGCGGGCUACUGUCAUUAAAACCUUGCUUAUUCCAAAAUUGAAUCAUUUGUUUAUAUUACUUCCUACUCCAAAGAAAGAAACAAUCUCUUAUUUAUACAAAAUUAUUUUUGAAUUCCUAUGGAAAUCUAGUGUAGAUAAAGUUAAGAGGUCUGUGAUAACACAAGACUAUCUAUCGGGUGGUAUCAAGAUGGUUGAUAUAAGCAAUUUUAUUACAUCAUUGAAAUGCUCUUAGAUUAAAAGGCUUACUAGGUCCAACUGUCAGAAACCAUGGAUGGAAAUGAUAUUUUAAAGAAAUUAUAUGACUUUGGAGAUAGUUUUAUUGUGGAACAAUUAUGUGUUAAAAGCAAUGUUUUUUGGAAGGAUGUUUUUAAUGCUUGGUUUUUGUAUUUGAAGACUAGUCAAAAUCUUCCAAAUAUUAAAAAUAAUUUUCAUAAUAUUCCAGUGUGGUACAAUUCUAAUAUUAGAAUUGCGGGAAAACCUGUGUUUUAUGAGAAAUGGUAUGAAAAGGGGAUUAAAGCUGUUCAAGAUUUUUUUGAUACUGAUUGUAACUUCCAUACCAUAGAAAAAUUUCAGUGUUUAUACAAUCUUCAAGAAGUAUGUGUAAUGAAAUACAAUAGCAUUAUUACUGCAAUUUCAAAAUAUUUAAAACGUCUGUCAAUUGAUAGACACUCAACCAAACAAAAUGUUAAUCCAUGUAUGCCUAUAUUUUUUGAACCAGUUUUAUUACAUGAAAGAUGUUCUAAUAUUAUUUACAAUAUUUUAAAUGCAAAAGAAGAUAUCCCAACUUCUAUGGGCAAGUGGAAAACUGAACUAUCUUCAUAUGGAGUAGAUGA